UUUGCUUCCAUUUGCCUGUCCCUGCUGCUGUUGGAUUAAAACACGAAAAUGGCUGGUGUGAGUAGCUGCAUGAAGUACACUAUGUUCAUCUUCAACUUCUUGUUUUGGGUGUGUGGAUGCAUUAUUCUAGGAGUCUCCAUAUGGCUGCGUGUAAGCAAAUCUGCUCAAGGUCAAUUCAACAUCGAUAGCAGCCUGUAUUCCGCUGUUGACGUCCUCAUUGCUGUGGGAUCCAUCAUAAUGGUGCUUGGUUUUCUGGGCUGCUGUGGUGCCAUGAAGGAAAGCAAGUGCAUGCUCCUCCUGUUUUUCAUUGGACUUCUUAUAAUCCUGCUUCUUCAGAUUGCAGCAGGUGUCUUGGGAGGAGUCUAUAAAAAUCAGGUACAAGACACCAUGAAAAAGGCCCUGAGUGAACAAAUCAAACUGUUGCAGAGCUCUGCGGGCAUCAAUAAACAGUUUCGGGAGGAAUUUCAUAAAUUUGAGAUUGAGAACAAAUGUUGUGGUGUUUUGAAUGGUGUAGAAGACUGGGGAAAUAAUAAACAGGAAUAUCAAGGCUGUGCAUGCGAAAAGCAAGACCAAGGGACAGAUUUCUGUAAAGGUUCUCAAUAUAAGACGCCUUGCAGUGAAGUAAUACUUGAGCUGAUUAAGAAAAAUAUGAUCAUAGUUAUGGGAGUAGCAUUUGGACUGGCAUUCAUUGAGAUUCUUGGUAUGGUGUUUUCAAUGAUCCUUUACUGCCAAAUCCAGAAUAAAUGAAACCAUGGAAGUGUCAGAAAUACGUCACCAGCCAAAUGAGAAACCUUUGUAGAUUGAGAGAUUAAUGUUUGGUUUGGCACCCUAAAAUAAAUUCCAGAAGCAGCUGUGAUGAUAACAGCUGAGGCACUGAUGGAUAAAGAGUCUUCAUGAGUUAUGCAAUUAAAAGUCUGUUUAAAAUUAGGGAAACUAAUGAUCUGUAACAGGAUUUUAUUUUAUUUUUAUGGAGAUGCAUACCUUUCUUUUUGUCGCCUUUCUUAUUUGAAGAUUUUUUUCAACAAAACAAAGCCUUUAACCUGCUAUGUAUUGUGCUGAUACAGUGCAGUAUUUUCUAAACUUCUGAUAACUCUGGUAUCUCUCCCCCACCCCUAUCCCCGAAUUCAAAUUUGAUGCAUGUUUAAUUGUUGUAACUGGAAAAGCUUACUUUAUAUAUUUUUUUUAAAUAAAACUGCCCUCA